GAGGCGCUGAGAAAGAGAAGGAGAGAGAGCAGCGCCCGCGCGAGAGGCCAGGCUGACGUACAACUUUACCUGUCUGCGUUGUAGGAAGGAGCCGUUUGUUCGGUGCCGGGAUACGUUCUCGUUGCGAAAAAUGGAGCUGAAAUCGUUCAUCAUGUCGUUGAUACUCCUUUUGGCAAGCACAACAUAUGGGCUGGAAAUAACGUCGACCGGACCCACGUCUAUCGAAAAGGCCAGUGGAGAGACAGUCAAGAUGGACUGCCAGUUCACGCUGGCGCCAGAAGACUCCGGGCCUCUGGACAUCGAGUGGAACCUGCUUGCUUCUGACAAUCAGAAGGAGGACGAAGUGAUAAUAAUGUACUCGGGAGAUCGGGCUUAUGAAGACUACCGUCCUGCCAUGAAAGGUCGUGUGCACUUCAACUCUGCUGACCCUAAGAAUGGCGACGCAUCCAUCAGCCUGACCAGCCUGCAGUCCUCUGACACAGGGACCUACGAAUGCAAAGUGAAAAAGGCACCUGGUAUCCGCAGCAGGAAGAUGCUCCUCACUGUUAUGGUUAAGCCAUCCAAACCCUCAUGCUAUACUGUUGGCCCAUCAUAUGAGGGGAAGGAUGUGCAGUUGAAGUGUGUCUCUGCAGAAGGUACCAACCCAAUGCAGUACACCUGGGAGAAGACCAGUGACAGCAAGGUGCUGCCGCCUACUGCUGUGCUAGACUCCACAGGAAGCACGCUCAGUGUGAGGAAUGCGUCAGCCAGUGCUUCAGGAACAUAUCGUUGCACAGCUAAAAACCGUGUUGGAAUGGAGCAGUGUAGCCUGGACCUACGCAUCACACCCUCUCCCAACAGAGCUGGAGUCAUCGCAGGUGCUGUUAUUGGGGUCCUGCUGGCCCUUCUACUCAUUGCUCUCAUCCUCUUCUGCUGCUGUCGUGCCCGCAAUAAGAAGAAGUACGAGAAGGAGAUGUCCUAUGAGAUCAGGGAGGACGUCCCACCCCCAAAGAGCCGUGUCUCAACUGCACGCAGCUUCACCAGCGUGGGGAGCCAGCGCUCCUCUGUGGGCUCCAUGUCCCCAUCCAACCUGCAUGAGUACACCCUCAAGACCCAGUAUGACAAGAUCCCUUCUGAGGAGUAUGAGCACCCACCGAGCCACGCCCCUGCGCCACUCCCUGCCCGCAUGGCAGGUCCAAACCUCAGCCGCAUGGGCGCUGUCCCUGUCAUGGUUCCAGCCCAGAACAGGGACGGCUCCAUUGUGUAACCCCUCGCUCCUGAGAGAGACACCUCUGGGGCGGCGGUCCCAACAACUUGGUCCCCCACAGAGGGAUGACUAAUGGUGCUGUGCAACCACCGCAAAGACACAGUACUAUAUCAAACAAGAAAAGCCACGUGACUUCAGUCUGCUGACAGUCCAGCCAGCAAAUGACAUUCAAAAGCAAAUAGACAGCUUCUGUGUACAGUAAAAUGCAUGUUUUUUAACAUUGCCCUGUUUAUAAAAUGUUUGCGGUUCAUUUAUUUGCUAUGAAAUGUAUAUAAAACUCAGAAAUGGGUACAUAAAUGAAAUUCUGCAUAUACAGAGAUGUGUAUACAGUGUUUCCAUCAGUUUCAUCAGUUUGCGCUUGUGGAUUAAAUUUGAGAUCGUCGCAAA